AUGGGCGUUGGUGAGCAUCAUUCUAUCAGCCACGCCGUCAAGCUGGAGAACGAGGAGAAGAAUGAGAAGAACAACCCUGGAACCAAAAGGCCCCUGUCGAAGCAGGCCAUGCGGGCGAAAGCCUAUAGGGCUAAGAAGAAGCCCCAGCGCGUCGCCGCUCAGGCCGCCGCUCAGGCCAAAAAGGCCGAAAAGAAGAAGGAGGAUAACGAAGAAGCCAGCAAGACGGCCAAGUGGGAUGGGAAAGAAAGUAAUGUUGGUGAAAAGCCAGAGGUCGAGGAUGUGGAGAAAGACGAGACCACCGAAGUGGCCUUCGAUACCGAGGUUGGAAUGCUUGGAGAGGCUGACAUUUUCGAGCAGCAGGGAUGA